CUCAAUUCCCCCUAACCCCUUAACCCUAACCCUAAUCCCCCAAAUCCCUCACCUAUAUUGGUUGCUGCGCAGCCAGAUUACACAACUGUGUAAUAUUACCGAUAGGUAUUGGUAAGUUUGCAUGGUUGCUUACACACAUCGCGAGGUGAGCUCAUCCCACUGUAGGCUCAUCUGUACCCUGAUUGAGUGAGCCCGCGGAGUUUUACAGGUACCUAUAUGCGCCGUACAUAUGUAGUCUACUUCGGAGUUACCACCCUGCAGAUAACUUAUCCCUAUUUUAGAGGUCGUCCGUCCCGUAACGUGGUAUAUGGAUUUACGUAUAUAUGCACAGUACAGUACGGUGUACUCCGUACAUACAAGCUUACAUACUGAAUCCUCCGUACGGAGUACAUUGUGGUCCGUGUUUCCCUAGCUAACUACGGCGAGGUAAGGGGAUCGGUUGUGCAACUUAAUUUUUCCAGCAGACGCGUCUCCUAGAGCGCGGUCCCGCGUAACCCGUGGCGCAAGCUUGGAAAGAAGUCGGAUGAUUCUCGUUCGUGAUGACCGGUGCGUCACUAUCUGCAGAGUGCUCCAUAGUGAAACUAAAGCUAGAACAGUCGUUUCGAUGGCCUUGACGUCCCCUCGUCUCAUGUCCGGCCAUGAAUCCAUCUAGCAAGACCUUCUAUCACCCUUAUUCUCCCUAUGACAUCCAGGUCCAAUUUAUGCGUUCUCUCUAUACUUGCAUAGAAGAAUGUAAAGUUGGCAUCUUCGAAUCUCCAACAGGCACUGUAAGCAUUCUAACUCCAGAAGGGUGUAGUAUGGGAUUUUUUUCUUUGAGAUCCGAUGCUCCUGAAGAGAACGCUGCAGACCCAGAAUGGGAUCCUAUGUUCUUUAACCAAUUCGCCUCAAUCCCCAAAGAAAUUCGCCAAGGGAAAUCCCUGAGUCUAAUAUGUGGCUCGUUGACGUGGCUACGAGACCAUAAACGAUCGGUUUUCCUGGAAGACAUAGAGAAUAGUGAUGGUGAUGACGAGCCGGAAUGGAUCUUGCAAUAUUCAAGAAAGGAAAAGAGGCGAAUCAUCAGAGAAAGAAGGAAGCGAGUGGAAGAUCGAUUAUCACGUAUCCGCAAGGAGGAGCUCCUGCGUGAAAAGGCAGCAAUAGCCAAUAUACCAUUCAAAAAGCAGAGGCUGGAAGAUGGCAAGCGACACUUGGAUAAAAUGGCCGAUGAUGGGGCAUUCGAGCUGGAUGAAUACGAUAGUGACAAUCAAGAAACUUCAACCCAUGACGCUAAGAGUAACAGCGAUCUUUCUGCCACUACUAUCGCACUACUGGAGAAACUUAGUGGCUCAGCUGAGAUCCAGGAUGACUUCGAAGAGGAAAAUGCUGUCAAAAUUUUUUAUUGUUCCAGGACCCAUUCACAGCUGGCUCAGUUUGCACGAGAGUUGCGGCGCGUGGUGUUUCCGCCUAGUAUACCGCCGGAGACCGAAGAUGGAGAGAUAGAUACUCAAGGAGAGGGCAGAAGACACCCAGACACGGAAUUAGAGGAGCCAACGAAGCAUGUAUCGCUCGGCUCAAGGAAAACGAUGUGUAUAAACCCGAAGGUCAGACGCCUUGGGAAUGCCACAGCCAUCAAUGAGCGGUGUCUUGAUUUGCAAAGUUCCAACGUUCUCCCGGGGCAUAAAUGUCCAUUUGCUCCAUCCAAAGAGAACGAGUUAGCUAUUAAUGACUUCAGGGACCAUGUUCUUGCUGAAGUUCAUGAUAUUGAGGAUAUAGGUAAAAUCGGGCAGCGCACAGGCAUUUGUCCGUACUAUGCGUCCAGAUCCGUUAUCGGCCACAGCGAAAUUGUCACACUUCCCUACCAGCUUCUGCUUCAGAAGUCAGCAAGGGAUGCUCUAGAUAUUUCGCUUAAGGACCAUGUUAUUAUCAUUGACGAGGCCCACAAUCUUAUGGAUGUAAUUGCUAAUAUUCACUCAGUGAACGUUUCUCUCACCCAGCUCCGAAUCGGUCUUGAACAAUUAACUAUCUACGCAAGAAAGUAUAAAGCUCGGCUUAAAGGCAAAAACAGAGUAUACGUUGCGCAGGUUAUGCGCCUACUAGGUUCUAUAGCCAAAUACCUUGAAUCCGUACUGGCUGCCAGGGAACUUAGGGAAGGGGCUGUAGAUCCGUCAUAUUUAAUGAGUGGAAAAGGAAUUGACCAAAUCAACUUACACAAGCUCUCGAGAUACUUGCAAGAAAGCAAGCUAGCCCGCAAAGUAGACGGGUAUAUUGAAAGUUCAACAUCUUUGGAAGAGAAAAAUCCUGAAACGAGUACGACAGUGCCUGUUUUGUUCCAAGUCCAGUCAUUUUUGCUCUCUUUGAUGAAUCCGUCGGCGGAGGGCCGCCUCUUCUUUGAGAAAAAUGGUAACGAUGUUCUGCUCAAGUAUACGCUGCUGGACCCAACAGCACAUUUCCGGGAAGCGGUAGAGGAGGCAAGAGCCGUCAUUCUAGCUGGAGGGACAAUGUCACCUAUGAGUGAUUACAGAGACCACCUUUUUUCCUAUCUUGCCCCGGGCCAACUGAGAACUUUUAGUUACGGUCAUGUGAUCCCCACAAGUAACCUCAGCGCAAGACCUGUAUCAAGAGGAAUACUGGAUACAGAGUUUGAUUUUACUUUUGAAAAGAGAAAUUCCCGUGCAAUGAUCAUUGACCUAGGCAAGACCAUCAGUGAGAUUUGCAAAGCCACCCCCGAUGGUGUGGUAGCCUUUUUUCCAAGUUAUGACUUUCUGAACCAGGUGGUCGAAAUUUGGAAGCAGCCGUGUUCAAAUUCAGGUAAUCCAAGCAUUCUCGAUUCACUUGGGUUGGUAAAGCCGUUGCUCUACGAAUCCAAAGAAAAAGCCAUGAAUACCGAGGCGCUUCUCCAGAAGUACGCAAACUUCAUAGAUGAAGGCAAAGGAGCGUUGUUGCUAUCCGUCAUGGGCGGAAAGCUUUCCGAAGGAAUAAAUUUCUCGGAUCGGCUUGGCAGAGGCGUGAUUGUCAUCGGCCUUCCAUUUGCCAACAUCCGCAGCGCAGAAUGGCAAGCAAAAAUACAAUACGUGGAGAGGAAGACUUAUGAACGGUCUUCGGGGGGUGAAGAAACUAGAAGGAGCAAAGCCAAGCUUGCGGGCAGAGACUUUUAUGAAAAUGCCUGCAUGCGGGUGGUGAAUCAAUGCAUAGGGAGGGCGAUCAGACAUCAGCACGAUUAUGCCGCUAUCCUCAUGUUCGAUCGGCGAUAUGGGACAGCACGCAUACAAUCCAAACUGCCAGAAUGGAUUCGGCGGAGUCUGAUUUCUGCUCCGAUCGGAGCUACAAUAAGUAACCUAUAUACGUUCUUUGAAGAAAAGAGUUCCAUAGAAGUGACAAAAGAGAAAUAA